AUGAAUAAAGCUUAUUCAAGUUGUGGUUCAAGUUCCAAUGAUGGUAUAUAUAUAAAGCAUAAAACAAAAUCAAGUUGUGGUUCAAAUGGGGGCUCAAAAAACUAUAAUAAAAGAAUAAAAAAUGUGAGAGCAUGUUUCAGUUUGGGCAAUUGUCCUAAAUUAGGUGAAAGUUGCAAAGAUUCAUGUACUCCAGGUUUAGAAUGUGUUAAUGGCAAAUGCCAAUCAAUGACUCUCUGUGAUCCCAAUUUACCUAUUUCUAAAGAUACCUGUACAGGUUCCUUUUUAUGCACAAGGAUAAAUGACACUGUUGGUGUUUGUUUACAAUAUGUAUCACAAAAACUAGAUGGAACUGUCCCAUGCAGUAGACCAGCCAACUGUGCUUCAGGUAUAUGUCAAAAGUCAAUAUGCAUGCCACCUCUAUCAGAUGCGUGUACAGAUGAUUCUAGAUGUGGAUCCUUCGCACUUUGUCAAUUUAUCUCAAACGGGGGGAUCUGGACUAAAACUUGUGUAAAAAAAAGUGAUUUGGGAGCUUGUGCAUUACCAAAUCAAUGUUCUAGUGGAGUUUAUGUUAAUGGUAAAUGUGCCCCAAUUUACUCUGGAAAAGAAAAUGAUACUUGUUCUUUUACAUCUCAAUCAUUUCCAUUAACUAAUCCAUGUGAUGUUGGUUUAACAUGUAUGGAUGGUAAAUGUGUUAAAUAUGUAGAAAAAAAAGCAUGUAAUAGCACUGUCCCAUGUGGCCCAUACGAAACCUGUCAAUGCAAUGAUGGUGCUAUUGGUGAAAAUGGAGUAUGCAAAAUUAAAUAUAAACUUAAUGCUGAAUGUAAAAAUGCAACUGAUGCUAUUAUAGCCUGUGCAAAAUCUCACGGGGAAUGUGUAGAUACCCAAAACUAUGUAUUACAGCAAUCAUGUAGUCGUGAAUAUUGUGAUUAUAAAAACAAAUGUUUUAAACCACAGUUUUUUGGAUGCAAUCAAACUGAACUUUUUAAAAUGUGCCCCUCUGAUGACUAUACCGAUACCGAUAGCAGUGAUUCAGACUCGACCUCAUCCUCAAACUCUUCCUCAUCAAAGCAAACCUCUUCUAAUUCAUCAUCAUCAUCUGAAGAUAAUGUUAACUCAUCGAUUUACACUGCUCCCUCACAAAUUAUUUUAAUUUUAAUUUUAAUUUUAAUUUUAAUUUUAAUUUUAAAUAUUUCUUCUUUCUUUUAA